UUUCAACAGAGAUGUCCUCCAGACAGCAUCUCGACCGACAUAACAUUGUCACAGUAUGUGUCAAUCCAGGAGAAAGGCGUGGCAGCCUUUGAGUUUGAGUGGGAUAUAGAGACAAACUGCAUUGUUUCCUCUCGUACAGAAAUCCAAUUCUCAUUUGGUGAGAGUUGCGUCCAGACCAAUCUGCCCUUACCACGCAACCAAGACGUUUAUUAUUGGGAAGCAAAGAUUUUUGAAAAACCUCGUCAGACAGUUAUCGCUGUGGGUGUGGCCACAAAACCAUACCCUCACUGGCGCUUACCAGGGUGGAACCGGCAUUCUGUGGGAUAUUUUAGUGACACUGGCCGCAAACACAUCAAUAAUCCUUUCCAAGGCAAACCGUUUGGCUCUGGAUUUUCACAGGGAGAUGUGAUAGGUGUUGGGUAUCGCCACCGAACCGGAACUGUCUUCUUUACUCGAAAUGGACGUCGUCUAGAAGAUGCAUGCACUGGUUUGCGUUGGAACCUUUUCCCAACUAUUGGUGCCAAUGGUCCUUGUGAAGUGCAUGUGAAUCUAGGUCAAAUGGGGUUUGUGUUUGUGGAAGCCAAUGUGAAGAAAUGGGGAUUGGCACCAAUACAAGGCACAUUGGCACCACCCCCUGCUUAUGGUGCCGAGGCUGGAUCCAUGUUAUUGGAGCGAGGCGGUCGA